AUGCAUUCCACCAUUUCCUCUUGAUCCCGCGAAUUGGUGAUUGUGCAAGUGUAUUCGGCUGCUGAUUUGUUGGCAUCUCAUUUGGCUGAAGACUGGCGUUUGUAUCGCUUGUUUACAAGGGCUGACGCAGACCGCAUCGUUCCUCGACACUGCACAAGCCGCCCUGCAGUGCGAAUUCGCCUAAAGUGGAAAUAAGAGAAAAGAAAGAAGAAAAAGACUUCGAUUGGUGCAUAGACGUCGAUCUUCCAUGCGGCUCUCAAAUCCGUUGCGGCGGUCCCGCGAAACGCGGCUGCCCAUGUACCAGAACCCCAAUUCGCCUGCAAAAGAACGCUCCUCCAACGAUGGCUACUACUCCUCCUCAGACGGUGAUUCAGAAUCAUCAUUUUCAGGUCCAUCCUCAGACGGGUCAAGAAACGUAUCCGAGUCAUAUCCUGUGCGACCGCUGCUAGUUCAGAAGAGGAACCAGAGAUCUACCUCUCAGCGACCGGGUGGUUUCUACCCUUAUAGACUGCCGCCACGAGUUAUCCGCUAUAUAUUUCUUGCGAUAACUGGGCUGAUAAUCCUCAUGAUUACCAGCCUGGUACGGGCAAGUCAGCUCGAGAACUGGAAAGUUGCCAACGGCCAGGUAAACAGUCGGCCGGCGCCCCCCCCUCUGUGGGAGAAGUUUCCGUUUCUGGAGAGGUACUAUGGCGGCAUACGCACUUUGGUGCCCUUUGAGGAGAACAAGCCCGAGUAUCCUAAAUCCAACGAGCACACGCCAUCGAGUCCGGCGUCGCCCGCCCAAACCGCUUCAAAUGACAAGGUGGAGGGUCGCGAGGCUGGAUUCCCUACCAGUCACUCGUGGGAAGAUUACGCUGGACGAAGUAACGAGACUGGUAUUAAUGAGUGCUUCCUGGAUGCUGCUGGCAAGAUUCGCCCACCUCCGCUUCGUUAUUACAACGGUCGGCCCAGCGGAUUCCCGCUGCAUGUCACCGGCUCUUACGAAGUCCUUAAACUACCCGAAGAAGUUUGCUUUGAACGCUAUGGAAAAUUCGGCCCUUAUGGAUUUGGAUAUUCUACGCGCACUGGUGGUUUAGGUACUGGAGAGAACAGCGAAAAUGAAGGCGCAGAUUCGGUUUGGGGAUCCGGUUCUCGUGUAGACUACCGCGAGAUGAACUGGGCAGAAGUUCAACAGCGCUGCUUCCAGGCUAAUGCUGGUCGAUACAAGGAGUUGCCGGCAAAGACCCCCUCCCCUCAAGGCUUUUAUAUUAGCAACCCCAAAGGAGCAAAGGUCCAAUCUCGCGACUCUGAGCCGAAAGAUGACGGCAAGACGAAGACUGCCGCUGAACAUGCUGACCCUGAAUCCGACAAGAAGGGCGCUUCUACAGCCGAGGUGGCCAAGCAAUCACGAACCGCCAUUGUUGUCAGAUGCUGGGAUGAGUAUCUAUUCCGAGAAGAUGAUUACGCCAACCUUCGAUCGAUGAUUUCCGAGCUUUCAUUAGCUUCCGGAGGCCGAUACGACGUUCACCUACUAGUUCAGGUGAAGAACGAUGCCAAACAUCCUGUUUGGGCCGACCACGAGAUCUACGAGCAAAGGAUUCGAGAUACCAUUCCAAAGGAAUUCCAGGGUCUGGUCACUCUUUGGACUGAAACGCAGAUGCUCUCCCUGUAUCAGGGCAUCUAUGAUUCGUUCAGCCGAGGCCCCGAACUCCCGGUUCAUGGAGCGUACCGCGGACUCACUAUGGCCAUGCAGCAUUUUGCAUACUUGCACCCUGAGUACGAUUAUUUCUGGCAGUGGGAGAUGGAUAUCCGCUAUACGGGACACUAUUAUGACCUGCUAUCUAAGCUCGAAAACUGGUCCAAGGCUCAGCCGCGGAAGGGUCUGUGGGAACGAAACUCGCGAUAUUAUUUCCCCAACGCUCACGGUACCUGGGAAGACUUUUCACAGAUGUCCCGCGUACAGAGCGAAAUGGGAACCCCUGGAGCCGAUAAUGUUUGGAAGAACGUGCCCGGCGUUGACGGUCAGCCCCCAGAGACAGCCGCGAAAAAGAAGAUUAAGACUGUUUGGGGCCCUAUCCGUCCUUCAGAUGAAAACGACUGGUUUGAGCAUGAAAAGGAUCCCGUACCACCGUCGUCGUAUGAUACCGACCACUACCAAUGGGGAGUCGGCGAGGAAGCGGACUUGAUUACUCUGAAUCCCAUCUUCGACCCAGAGGGCACUACAUGGGGCCUAAAGGAUGACAUUACGGGCUACAACCGCUCAAUUCCUUUCCCUCCUCGGCGCGCCAGCAUCAUCACUACGUCUCGAAUGUCAAGACGCCUUCUCAUGACAAUGCACAGAAUGACGGCACACAAGAAGCAAUUCGCCUUCCCCGAGAUGUGGCCUGCGACGGUUGCUCUUCAGCAUGGUUACAAGGCUGUUUACGCACCACACCCCGUAUAUAUCGACCGCAGCUGGCCUCUCGACUACAUGGUCCAGACAUUCAACGGUGGCCGUGAUGGAGCCACUGGCGGAUCAAGGACUAGUCUCUUCGGCGACCGAGAACACAACCUCAGGGGAUUGACCUGGUUCUAUAACUCUGGCUUCGGGCCCAACUUGUACAAACGCUGGUUGGGCUUGAAGGUAAACAACGACGGUGGAGAAGAGUUUGAGAAGACAGAGGAUAAGAGCCGAGCUGGUUCUGGAGUCGGUGCCAUGACCGGAGGCGAGGGUCGCAUGUGCCUCCCUCCUAUGCUUCUCCAUCCCGUUAAGGAGGUGGACAUUCCCAUUGAGGCUCCUCCACAAGAGGAAGAGGCGGCGAAUGAAGUGCCUGAAUCAGACCCAGAGGCCUGAUCGUCCCAAGUGCAGCUGAUUUUGCUAAUGCGGUUUUCUUUUUUUGGGGCGACUUAUUGAGCAUUAGGCGUCGCUGUUGGUUGGAUAUUCUUUUCCCUUUUGUUUUCUUUAGACCUUUUGGGUAUAUGACAUGAAAGUCGUGAUGAUAGAGAUACCCAUGUAA